CCGCCAUGUUGUGCCGCCUCGCCUUGGGGGUCAGAAGCGGUGCCAAGUUGAUAGCACCAUUGGGAUGCUUGGUCUCUAGGCAAAAGCACACUCUUCCUGACUUGCCGUAUGACUAUGGCGCUCUGGAACCUCAUAUUAAUGCAGAGAUCAUGCAGCUGCACCACAGCAAACAUCAUGCCACCUACGUGAACAACCUGAAUGUGGCGGAGGAGAAAUACAAAGAGGCACUGGCAAAAGGUGAUGUUACAGCUCAGGUGUCACUUCAGCCUGCCCUGAAGUUCAAUGGUGGGGGUCAUAUCAAUCACACCAUCUUCUGGACAAACCUUUCUCCUAAUGGAGGAGGAGAGCCUAAAGGAGAGUUGAUGGAAGCCAUCAAGCGUGACUUUGGUUCCUUCUCAAACUUCAAGGAGAAGCUGACAGCCUUAUCAGUUGGUGUUCAAGGAUCAGGCUGGGGGUGGCUUGGCUAUAACAAAGAGCAGGGGCGCCUACAAAUAGCAGCUUGUGCAAAUCAAGACCCUUUGCAAGGAACAACAGGUCUCAUUCCUUUGCUAGGAAUCGAUGUAUGGGAACAUGCUUAUUAUCUUCAGUAUAAAAACGUUCGGCCUGAUUAUUUGAAAGCCAUCUGGAAUGUGAUCAACUGGGAGAAUGUAUCUUCAAGAUAUGCAGCUUGCAAAAAGUAGAGUGGAAUUCUUGCACAGACUAUUAAAAUGUCGCCACUUCUACUCUGAUACCACACUUGUAGUAGUACCUGUGGCUUACAAAUGCAUUGCUCUACUGCAGAAAACACGUAGCUCAUCCAACAAAAGCAUUUCAUAAUCAAGCAAAGUGUCUGCUUGUUUAAUUCUGUGAGAGGUGUUUACUUAGAUUUUUUGAAGCUUUAAACUGUUGUGCAACAAAGGGACACACUUUAAAUCUUUUCCAUUGCGUAUGGAAACAUAGAUCACCUUGCUGAAGCUUAUUGAGGUAUUGGAUCUCCUUGUUGCACUGGAAUACCUAAGUGGAAGCAUGUAGUUCAUGUUGCUAUAAACAAAUAAAACUGAAAAGAAGAAUCUUCUAUAACUAUC